UUUUCUGGAAAAAGAAAAGGACAUUUUUUUUAUUUUUUUUUUUUUGGGGUUGUCUUUGGUUUUUGGUUUCUUGGAGACGAGGUUUACCCGGAAAACAGAGUGAAGUCAGCGGAAAACAGAGCAUAAAGUCAAAGGGACAUGGACGCGUAUACGGCCUUGCUGAUAUUAACGGCUAUAACAGCUUACCUGCUAUGGUUCACCUUCAUCUCGCGGUCGCUUAGAGGUCCACGUGUAUGGCCGCUAUUGGGCAGCUUGCCAGGGCUGAUCGAGAACUGCGACCGGAUGCACGACUGGAUCGCCGACAACCUACGCGCGUGCGGCGGCACGUACCAGACCUGCAUCUGCGCCAUCCCCUUCCUCACCCGGAAGCAGGGGCUCGUGACCGUCACGUGCGACCCCCGGAACCUUGAGUACGUCCUCAAGACGAGGUUCGACAACUUCCCCAAGGGCCCCACCUGGCACGCCGUGUUCCUCGACCUGCUCGGGGAGGGGAUCUUCAACUCCGAUGGCGACACGUGGCUGUUCCAGCGUAAGACCGCAGCACUGGAGUUCACCACCCGGACCCUCCGCCAAGCCAUGGCCCGGUGGGUGAACCGGGCCAUCAAGGACCGGUUCUGCCCCAUCCUUAAGUCGGCCGAGCUGCGGGGCGAACCGGUCGACCUCCAGGACCUGCUCCUCCGGCUCACCUUCGACAACAUCUGCGGCCUCGCCUUCGGGAAGGACCCUGCCACCUGCGCGGAGGGCCUCCCCGAGAACGGCUUCGCCGUGGCCUUCGACCGCGCCACCGAGGCAUCCCUCCAAAGGUUCAUCCUCCCGGAGGUGCUGUGGCGGUUCAAGAAGUGGCUCCGGCUCGGGAUGGAGGUGGCGCUGAGCCGGAGUAUCUCCCACAUCGACGAGUACCUCUCGAGCGUGAUCAGAAAGCGCAAGCUCGAGCUGCAAGGCCAGCAGCAGCAGCAGGACGGCAACCCUCACGACGAUCUCCUUUCGAGGUUCAUGAAGAAGAAGGAGUCCUACUCUGACUCGUUCCUCCAGCACGUGGCCCUCAACUUCAUCCUCGCCGGCCGGGACACGUCGUCGGUGGCGCUCAGCUGGUUCUUCUGGCUCGUCAUCCAGAACCCGGCCGUGGAGGAGAAGAUCCUGAGGGAACUCGCGGCGGUCCUGAUGGAGACGCGGCGCGGCGACGUCGAGAGUUGGACUGAGGAGCCGCUACAGUUCGAGGAAGUUGACCGGUUGGUCUACCUGAAGGCCGCUCUGUCGGAGACCCUGAGGCUGUACCCGUCGGUGCCGGAGGACUCGAAGCACGUGAUCGCCGACGACGUUUUGCCGGACGGGACGUUCGUCCCUGCGGGAUCGUCGGUGACUUACUCGAUCUACUCCGCCGGGAGGAUGAGGACCACGUGGGGGGACGACUGCAUGGAGUUUCGUCCGGAGAGGUGGCUGUCGCCGGACGGGAAGAGCUUCGUGGCGCAGGACCAGUUCAAGUUCGUGGCAUUCAAUGCAGGGCCGAGAGUAUGCCUGGGGAAGGACCUCGCGUACCUACAGAUGAAGUCGAUCGCGGCGGCGGUGCUCCUCCGGUACAGGCUGACGGUGGCGGCCGGGCACAAGGUGGAGCAGAAGAUGUCACUGACGCUGUUCAUGAAGUACGGGCUCAAGGUGGACGUCCACCGGAGGGACCUGAGGGCGGUUCUUGAAAGGGCGAAGCAGGUGGCGGGGGACAAGAGACACGACACGGACAUUAAAUGCAACGGAGGCGGAGGAGGGCCGGUAGUUGGGAUGGCUUAAAAGGGGUGGCAGUGGCAGUGGCAUUCAUACCGUAAAUUCGAUUUCCUUAAAUACUUGCUCGGAGCUAAUUCACAUUCAUUGCUGUUGCCACGCCAUUGAUAAGAUGCAUCAGAGGCUUCAGUGGGGUCGCCAUUUUUUCUCAUCAUCCGAGCUGCAUCACCUCGCUUCCAUCAGCUUCUACUCUCUGAUUCAUACUCACCGGGGAAGACGAAGACCAGAUGGUCUCAGGUUCAGAUUUCUCAAAGGCGGGAAAGCUCCGCGAUUUUUUUUAAAAGAAAAUUAUUUUUGGCUUACAUAUAUGCUGUGAUUGAAAAUUAUUUUGUUUUGUUCGUUUUCUGGUAAAUUUACUUGGUAAAAUGUCUCUUUCAUGACAAUAAUGUUGCCUAUAAAUGAAUGAAUAGAAAGUCCAUUUUCAUUAUCCCUGA